AUGGCCGGGUUUUUCAACAAGAUAAAGGGUUCUGGCACUGCCACAACCACCACACCCAACAAGCAAGAUGCUGUAGCAAAGAAAAAAGAGGAGCCUGUCCUUGACCUCACGCCGCUCGAGAAGAUGCUCCAGAACGCUGGGCCGGUCCGAGAUGAUGGCACCGAUCGCUUCUUCGGUCUUGAGAAUUUUGGAAAUACAUGCUACUGCAAUUCGAUUGUUCAGGCUCUUUUCUAUUCCGAGUCGUUUCGAAACAAUGUUGUCAACUAUCCCUCGAUCUUAUCCACGGAGACGAACGGCAGCCGAUCCAAAGUUCCCAUAACCAUCAGGCCUCCGCCCACCGACGCCGUGGAGACGACACCCAAACAAAAGGGUCUCAGCACCUCCCAAGUCAUCAAGCAAAGACAAAACAUCAGUCAACAAUUACCUGGACAGGUAGGCGUCCGACCCGAAGACAAGCCUGAUACGCCCGAAUACAAGAAGAAGCAAGCCAUGAUCAAGGGACCUAUCCUCGAGCUGGCGCGCGAGAACGCUAGUUCUUACGGUAUGGACGAAUGUACCUUUACCGGUCUCAAGGAUAUCUUUUUGGCGUUGCUUGAAAGCGAAACGCAUACUGGAGUGCUCAGUCCCCAGCGAUUUCUGGAAAUAUUCAAGCGCGAUAACGAAAUGUUUCGAAAUUCUAUGCACCAAGACGCUCACGAAUUUUACGGUCUUGUGCUGAAUGAUGUCAUCAACAGCGUUGAAAGCACAGCUCGCCAAAUGCAGUUGCAAGCACCAGCCGAUGGUCUUGAUGGUUUGGCCACUUCAGUAGGGCAUGCUCUUGGAUCUGCCAUGGUGAACCAUGUUGGCGGGGCAAGCUCACCAGCGACAGGAUGGGUUCAUGAUAUUUUCGAGGGCGUUUUGACAUCAGAAACGAAGUGUCUGACUUGUGAAACUGCUUCUCAGCGUGAUGAGACAUUCCUUGAUCUUUCCAUUGAUUUGGAGGAGCAUUCUUCCGUGACAUCAUGUUUACGCAAGUUCUCGGCCGAGGAGAUGCUCUGUGAAAGGAAUAAGUUCCAUUGCGAUCACUGUGGAGGUCUCCAGGAGGCAGAGAAGAGAAUGAAGGUAAAGCGUUUACCCAAAAUCCUAACACUUCACUUGAAACGAUUCAAGUAUACCGAAGAUUACAGCCGCUUGCAAAAGCUUUUCCAUAGGGUUGUGUAUCCCUACCACCUACGCAUGUUCAACACGACGGAUAAUGCUGAAGACCCGGAUCGACUAUAUGAGCUAUAUGCAGUGGUUGUUCACAUUGGUGGUAAUGCCUACCAUGGCCAUUACGUGUCCAUAAUUAAGGUUCCGGGUCGGGGAUGGAUCUUGUUUGACGAUGAGAUGGUCGAGCCAGUGGACAAGAAUUUCGUCCGCAACUUCUUCGGUGACAAGCCCGGAAUGGCUACUGCAUACGUGCUGUUUUACCAGGAAACAACGUUUGAGAAGGUGCGAGAAGAACAAGAAAAGGAGGGCAUGGAAGAGGUCAAACUUGCUAGUGAAGCGGCCAACCUAGCUCAGGAGAACGGAGACAAAGCCGAUACAUCGCCACUCAAACGACAAGCAACGCAGCCCAUGUCGCCCCUCUCGCACCAGGAAUCGAUGGCCAAUCUUGCCCAUGCAAGUACAGCGCCAGCCAUGCCUUCGGCUCCCCAGCCUGAUGCUUCAGCGCCACCUACAGCAGCGACGAACGGUUUGCACCGCGUCCAAACACAAAAGGAAGACGUCAAAUCCAAAGAAGACAAGAAGCGGGAGAAGAAAGAGCGUGAGGCGGCCGAAAAGGCCGAAAAGCUUGCGGAAAAGGAGCGAGAGAAGCAAGCGAAACUCGAUGAGAAGAAACGAAGAGAAGAUAAUCUUAAGGCGUUACAGUCACGACGAAAUGAGAACGAUGAGAUGGCCAAGGCUCUUGAAGCCAGCAAAAAGUCGGCCGCACAAGAAGAGGAAGCAAGAAAGAAGGAGAACGGAGCAUCUCCGAGUAAUGGUAUCCUCGACCGGACCAAGCGAGGUAGCAAGUCCAUGUCGCGGAAGAGUUUCUCACUUUUUCACAAGGACAAGUCGGGUGGACAGACCCCAGACACUCCUAAUGGCGACUCGAGCGAGAAACACGAAAAACUCAAAGAUCGUCUCAGCUUCAGUCUUGGCCGCAAAAAGAGCACCAACUUGCUUUCAUAA